AUGGGGUUUCUUCAGCUACUUUCUGUAGCCUCUUUCCCGGUGAUCAAAGUGUUACUGGUUACUGCUCUUGGCUUGUUUCUUGCGCUGGAUAACAUAUCAAUAUUGGGAGAUGAUGCAAGGAAGAUAGUGAAUCAGCUUGUGUUUUAUGUGUUUAAUCCAUCAUUGGUGAGUACCAAGCUGGCCAAAACGAUUACCUUCGAGAGUGUUGUUCAGAUGUGGUUCAUGCCGUUCAAUAUUCUUAGCACAUUCUUACUGGGCUCGGCCUUGGGAUGGAUUUUGAUCAAGAUGACAAGGCCUCCCAAACAAAUGGAAGGUCUAAUCCUGGGUUGCUGUUCUGCUGGAAAUUUGGGGAACUUGCCUAUAAUCAUUAUUCCUGCUAUAUGUCAAGAGAGUGGUAGUCCUUUUGGAGACUCUGAUGUCUGCUAUGAAUAUGGGAUGGCUUAUGCUUCACUUUCUAUGGCGAUUGGAGCAAUUUUUAUAUGGUCAUAUGUUUACAACAUAAUGAGGAUUUCCGCAAGUAGAAUCCAAAAAGAAGACGGUACAAGCAAUGGAAGCGGUAUAUUGAAGGCUUCAGGGGACACAUCAGAGUCACAUCCACACAAGUUUUCGGAAACACUUACUCCUACAAAAGACACCAUGGAUGAUGCAUAUACCUUACUGCUUCCUGACGCAGAAUCAGAGGAGAAAGUUUCAGUCUCAAGUAAGAUUAAGAACCGCUUGAGGGUGAUUUCAAGCAACUUGAAUUUGAAAGUCAUGUUUGCGCCAUCAACCCUUGGAACUAUUGCUGGAUUUGUCAUUGGUUUAAUCUCCCCAUUUCGCAAUCUACUUAUAGGCAGUAGUGCUCCGCUUCAUGUGGUCGAAGAAUCUGUUUCCAUGUUGGGUGAGGCAGCCAUCCCUACUCUCACACUGGUAAUGGGUGCAAACCUACUUAAAGAAAAUAAUUAUGGGGAAAUGCAUGGGGCAGGUUUGAAAGGAUCAAGCACUCCACUGUGGACUGUUGUGGGGAUUGUGGCAGUGAGAUACAUCUUUCUGCCACUUUUGGGUGUUGCAGUUGUGAAAUCAGCCAUACAUCUGAGUUUGGUGCAUUCAGAUUCUUUGUAUCAGUUCGUGCUUCUGCUUCAAUAUGCACUUCCCCCAGCCAUGAACAUAAGCACCAUUGCUCAGUUGUUUGGAGCUGGUGAAAGUGAAUGUUCAGUUAUCUUGCUAUGGACAUAUGCUUUCGCGUCAAUUGCUGUUACUCUUUGGUCAACUUUCUUCCUGUGGCUAGUCUCAUGA